CCUCAGGUAACUGGCUCUUAGGGUGAGGCUCGCUUGAGUUGCACCGGGCUUCCCUGACUGCUACCAUGGCGAGCGGCCCCUCCCCCAGGUGCCGUUUGGAGCCUCAAAGGAAAGAGGGGUGCCCAGGCUUUGGAAGGCUGCUUUUAAAUCAUGAACUCUCCAAACUUUUCAACCAACUGUGGGAUGCUGACAUUAACCGCUUAGGGCCUGGCAAAGACUACGCCAUCUCCCUGCAGGGGAAGGCAGACUUUGUCCCACAAGGUGUUCACAGAGCCACUGACCAUGCUUCUCAGGCUCUCUUCGUCUGGGUGAAUGAGGGCCGGUUACAGAGCACCAAGACCUUUGCAGCUUUUAUCUCGCUUUUGGAUAACUACGAGACAUCAACGGGUGUAGCAGAAGUCGUGACCCCGGAGGAGGAAGCUGAAAACAACCGAUUCUUGGACGCUGCCUUAGAGACAGAGGUGAUGAAGCUCACCCAUCAGUAUCUGGUGAGAAAAAAUUGGUCCAAGCCCAGCCUAACGGAUUUCAAGGCUCAGCUCUACAGAAUCUGGUUCCAGCUGUAUACUCGGGAGGGCCGCCAAGGGCCUGAUUCUUGUGGUUUCGAGCACGUGUUUGUGGGUGAAACCCGGCGAGGACGAGACAUCCUGGGUUUCCAUAACUGGGUGCAGUUCUACCUUCAGGAGAAGCGGGGAAAUAUUGAUUACAGAGGCUAUGUGGCCAGAUGGCACAAGAGCCGGCCUGAUGAAGAUGACCAGGUGUUGAACCUUCAGUUCAGCUGGAAGGGUUUGGUGAAACCUGUGGGCAGCACCUUCCUGGGCGUGAGCCCUGAGUUCGAAUUCGCCCUCUUCACCAUUGUGUUCCUGCAGUCCCAGGAAAAGGUCACUCGGGUACUCGUCCGCAUUGAGGAGUAUGAGCUGCAGAUUGUGGUCUACCGCCACGGCCGCCAUAUUGGCUCUGCCUACCCGGUUCUGCUCAGCAGUAACAAUGAAGACUUAUACUGAGCCAGGGCUGGGCUGGGGAAUCCCAAACUGCAGGGAUUGCCAGUAAAGCUUUCUUGGCACAAGUCUUUGGUCGUUUAUUAGGGUUAGACUACAAGGAGGGGCAUAAGCUAUAGUCUAGUGGAAUGGGCCCUAUUGCUUGGGAAGAAAGGAGUCCCGGGUUUUGGUCUCUGCUUUGUACUUGAUAUCACCUUGGACAAGUUAGGGCUAAUCUCCACCUGUAAAAAUGGAACUAUUCUCCUUCUCAGGUCUGAAAAUUUCUGUUCUAAAACCCCUCCCAGCUCUGACAUCCCCUGUUCUAAGCUCCCCCCGCCAACUUUGGCAUCCCCUGUUCUAAGCUCUCUCC